AUGGCUGACUUCUGGGAUCGGAACUCGUCCACCGAGUGGUUUGACAUGGACCUGAAGAAAACAGUUCCUCUAGUCUUACAUGGUGACGAUGCCGAGUGUCACCGCAGGCGCUCCUUCAUGGUCGUGACAUGGGGGUCAGCAGUUGUGCACGCCACCCCAUGGGACAGUAAGUUUGUCGUUUACGUUGGCGACAACAGCCAAUGUGAUGAGAACUGCUACACUGCGCUUGAUAUGUGGACCACGUGGUCUCUGGUAGAGUUGAUGCUGGGACACUGGCUUGACGUCGACCCAUGGGGGCGGCCCUUUAACCGCGGGAAGAAAGGCACCAUCGCAAAUGGUUGGCGGGCUGUGCUCGCAUUUCACAAAGGUGAUGAGAAGUACAUGCAAAAGGCCUACCACAUGAUCAACUCGGCGACAAGCAAGAACAUCUGCUUUGUUUGCCAGGUGUGGAUGAUGACUACAUCGGACUUCAUCCUGAACGGAUGCAGAGCAAACCCUUUCAUCAGAUUGCCGGGCUUCCACAUCUCCAUGGUCACAAACGACUGGCUUCAUAUCAUUGACCUUACUUUGAUACCGGACGCAGCCGCGUCUGCCUUGUUGGAACUGACCGAGAAUUCCAAUGGACCUUUCCCCGGACGGGACCAGGACGAUCGCCUACGCGCUGCGUAUGUUCAGUUCAGUGCUUUGUGCAAGCAGCACAAUAUCAGCCACUUUGCUCACGUUUCGAAGCAGCUGACAGGCGAGACAAAAAAGAACAACGUGCAGUUCCCGACGAUCGCGCAGAAGCACAUGAAUGGAGCAGAAGCUGUGGUCAUGGCCAAAUGGCUUAUGGGGAUUUGCUUGGCAGAGGCUGCUCGAAAUCCUGGUGAUGUCCACUCUGCGCUCCGAGCCGUUGUGUUCAUCAAUUUGGCGCAGAUGCGGGAUGCGAUAUCCCUGAAAAGAGAUAACCCUUUCUGCACUCUUUCUGAAGCUAACAUCCAGAAGCUGCAGCAGUCCAAUUAUUUGUACCAUUCAGCGCUGAACAGUUUGGCCGUCGAGGCCAUCGAUCAUGGACGAUUGCUCUGGAAAAUCCGACCCAAGGUUCACAAGGCUGACCACCUGGCCUUCGACCUCGCACCUCGGGUGAACCCUCUUGUCCUGAGCUGCUACAUGGACGAAGACGCCGUGGGGAAAAUGAAGAGAUUGGCAAUGAAAUCGCACCCACAACAGCUGGGUCGUCAAGUCCUAGCACGUUACGCAGCCUAUGUCUGCUGUCGUUGGCUACGCAUGCUGGAAAGAUAA